AAAAAAAAAACUGCAGUGUGUGAGUGUGUAGUUCUCAUCCCUCCCCUGACCAGAUCUUUAUCAAUUUGGGUCCUCCAGUCUUGGGGUGCAUUUGAAUGGGUGUCUGUGUGUGUGUGUGCAUGUGGCAGAGUUGACAGAGGACAGAGUGAAGUGUCUCGGAGCCCGUGGAGAAAGGGAGAGAGCUCGUUGUCCACAAGAGAGCAACCUGCACAAAAGGGACUGCGUGUGCAGCUGAAAUGGUUAAGUGGCACUCCCUCAAGUCCCUGACAACGCCCAUGGUUGCUGCCAAGCCAACGGAGGCCAGUGCCUUGACUGUGACUCCAGCCCCCGUCGCGUUAGUCUCCGCCGAGAACUCCACCGAGCCCGUCGACAAGAACGAUGCCUUCAACGAGAUCAAGAACAAAUUCCUGAGCGAAAUCGACAAGAUCCCACUGCCAUCCUGGGCCGUCAUCGCCAUCGCCGUGGUCGCUGCUUUGCUCAUCCUAACAUGCUGCUUCUGCAUCGUCAAGAAAUGCUGUUGCAAGAAGAAGAAGAACAAGAAGGGCAAGAAGGGGAAGGGUGACAUGGGAAUGAAGAACCUGAAAGGAGAGAAACCGCAGGAUGACGAUGAUGAAGAGGAUGAUGUGGAGCCGGGACUGACUGGAGAUGAGAAGGAGGAGGAGGUGAAGGAGAAAGAGAAGCUCGGGAAGCUGCAGUACUCCAUCGAUUACGACUUCCAGGAGAAUAAGCUGACUGUUGGAAUCCUGCAAGCAGCCGACCUGCUCUCCAUGGACAGCGGCGGCACCUCAGAUCCCUACGUGAAGGUCUUCGUCCUCCCAGACAAGAAGAAGAAGUUUGACACCAAAGUUCACAAGAAAACGCUCAAUCCUGUCUUCAACGAGACCUUUACCUUCAAGAUUCCCUUCCAGGAGAUGGGAGGAAAGACUCUGGUCAUGUCCGUCUACGACUUCGAUCGCUUCUCGAAACAUGAUGUGAUCGGAGAGAUCAAAAUACCCAUGAACACGCUCGACCUGGCAAAACCGAUUGAGGAGUGGAGAGACCUGGACAGCGCUGAUCAGGAGGAGCCCGAGAAGCUGGGUGACAUUUGCAUCUCCCUGCGCUACGUCCCCACUGCCGGCAAACUCACCAUCUGUAUUCUGGAGGCUAAGAACCUGAAGAAAAUGGACGUGGGUGGACUGUCAGAUCCCUAUGUGAAAAUCAACUUGCUGCAGAACGGAAAGAGGCUGAAGAAGAAGAAGACGACGGUGAAAAAGAACACCUUGAAUCCGUACUACAACGAGUCCUUCAGCUUUGAGAUUCCUCUUGAGCAAAUGCAGAAAAUCCAAGCCGUGAUCACAGUGCUGGAUUACGACAAGAUUGGCAAGAACGAUGCCAUCGGGAAGAUCUGGGUGGGGAGCAAGGCCACGGGGGCCGGGCUCAAACACUGGUCCGACAUGCUGGCCAACCCCCGCCGCCCCAUCGCCCAGUGGCAUCCGCUGCAGCCGGAGGAGGAGGUGGACGGCGCCCUCGCCGCCCUGAAUGCCAAGAAGUAAACCCCCUCGUCCAGCUCCACCACACCUGACCCACCCAUGCAUUUCCCAUCAUCCCCCCCUCCUUCCUCCUUCUCCUACCCCCCCACCCCCCUCGGUCCCACAUAUCAGUGUAUAUUCCAGAAUAACCCCGCCCUCCCCACACCUUCCUCCACCUCCUCCUCCUCCCCCGUUGCCACCUUUGAAAAGAUCCAUAGAUGCCAUUCAACAUGAUGGGAAUAUAGUUUAAAAAAAAAAAAAAAACAACAUGUUAUAAUUAAAAUCAUGUCACUGAAAAAAGACGACAAGAUACAGGAUGGACAGAUACUCCGUUGAUUUCCUUUAGAUCUAUUUUUGUAUUGGGGUUGUGGUUCCAUUAAUAAGAAUACAGAGUAGACUAUGAAGAGUAAGAGUGCUAUAUAUGGGAAUCUGCUGAUAGAGGGGGUAAAACCUUCAUUCACUCACAUUGUUCUACUCACCCUUUUCCCUUUAGUGACACAGUUUUGCUUAGAAUAGUGCUUAAUAAUAAAAAUGCUUUAUACUGCCAUAUGAUAGAGAAAUAACACAAGCAGGUCCAUUCCUUGGGUGUUCCGUGACACCGCGUUCCACACCUGCCAGUUGUCAUACUAUAGAUGAUUCUGUUGGUUUGAAGUACAUUCCUAGAGCUGGGUAGCAGAGUAGGGAUAGGCACAUAUCCAGUUACCCACAGACACACUGCCUUUUUCGAUUAGUUGACCUUCCACCCAUCGUCUCAGGAAAACUGAGAGGAAACUGAAACUCCAUGCCUUUUUUUCUAAACGGGUUG